GGAGAAAUGAGCAAUCCUAAGCCUUUAAAGGAGGAGGCAUAUGAUAUGUCAGGUGCCCGCCUCGCCUUAACCCUGUGUGUUACCAAAGCCCGGGAAGGCUCAGAGGCAGACUUGGACGCCCUGGAGCACAUGUUCCAACAGCUGAAAUUUGAAAGCACCGUGAAGAAAGACCCCACUGCCCAGCAAUUCCAGGAAGAGUUGGAAAAAUUCCAGGAGACCAUAGAUUCCCGGAAAGACCCCGUCAGCUGUGCCUUUGUGGUCCUUAUGGCUCAUGGAGAGGAAGGUGUCCUGGAGGGAGAAGAUGGGAAGUUCGUCAAGCUGGACAACCUCUUCGAGGCCCUCAACAACAAGAACUGCCAGGCCUUGAGAGCCAAGCCAAAAGUCUACAUUGUGCAGGCCUGUCGAGGAGAACAAAGGGACUCCGGUGAAAGAGUAGGUGGAGAAGGUGUUACGUUGAUCAAAAAAGACAGACCCCAGACUAUCCCUACCUACACGGAUGCGCUCCACAUCUACUCCACCAUGGAGGGCUUCAUUGCCUACAGACAUGACCAGAAGGGCUCCUACUUCAUCCAGACCCUGACGGAUGUCUUCACAAACCAGAAAGGGCCCAUCCUGAUGCUGUUGACAGAGGUAACCCGGCGAAUGGCACAGGCUGAGCUGGUUCAGGAAGGAAAACCGAGGAAAGCGAACCCUGAAAUCCAGAGCACCCUCCGAAAACGGCUUUACCUGCAAUAG